UCCGAAAACGCCAAGCCGGAGGGCUCCUUCCAGGUGACCAUGGUGCCCGGGGACGGCGUGGGCCCCGAGCUCAUGCACGCCGUCAAGGAGGUGUUCAAGGCCGCCAGCGUGCCCGUGCUCUUCGACGAGCAUCACCUGAGCGAGGUGCAGAACAUGGCCUCGGAUGAGAAACUGGACGAAGUGGUCGACUCGAUGAAGGAGAGCAAAGUCGCCAUCAUCGGCAAGAUCCACACCCCGAUGGAGUACAAGGGCGAGCUGGCGUCCUACGACAUGAGGCUGAG